AAGAAGAAAAAAAAGAAGAAUAAGAAGAACAAGAAGAAAAAGAGGAGGAGGAAGAAGAAAAACAAGAGGAAGAAGGAAAACAAGAACAAGAAGAAAAAUAAAAAUAAAAAGAAGAACAAGAAAAAGAACAAGAAGAAGAAAAAGAAGAAAAGUUGAUACCUGAGUCGUCCAGAGGAGUUUGUGCCUGCGCCAAAGGGCUAUGUUCUUGUCGUGGCCUGCCGUGGCGAACACCUCGUCGUCAGGGUGUACAGCAAGGCCCCAUAACUGUCUCCCAUGCCCGAACACGACUUGAUUGAAUCUUCUCUGAAGGGAUCCUUCCAAGAUGUUGUUCCUGGUCGUCCCCACGUAAAUAUUCCCAUCGUUCCUCCCAGGCCUCUGGGGAUAGAUGCUGCGCACACCCCCAACCGCCUCCGGCAACUGGAACGCCCCCGAUCAAUCCAAUUUAACACCACCGACAUUUUCAAUUCCUACGAAUCUAGUUUAUUACACACACACACACAGUCGCGCGUACUUUCGUAUCCGUGAUACGCUUGUAAUUCUGCAGGGAAUCCCAGGCUGCUAUCUUACGGUCCUUCUCACCGCCGGAGAGCAACGUACCCUCCGACAACAUGACCAGGGAGCUGAUACCUUUGUUGUGCGCCUCGAAUUCCAUUCGGACGAAGUAAGCGCCAUCCGCGUCCACCGAGUAGACGGUGAUGAAACCGUCGCUGUCCGCUGUUACGACAUCCCCGUCCUGUUCAAAUUGGAUGCUGGUCACGUGCGUGCGGGACGGCUUAAACGGACAGGGAGAGAGAGAAAGAGAGAGAGAGAUAGAUAGAUAGAUAGAGAGAGAGAAAGAAAGAGAAAGAGAGGGGGAGAAAGAGACAAGAGAAUCGAUGAGAUAAUUCCGUGUAUUGGAAAAAAAAAAAGAACGUGACGUUUAUGAUUAACUUACAGGUUUGAUGAUGUCCGUCCUCUCGAAGAAACCGUCCUUGCGCCUGUUCCAAAACGUCAAGUGGCCCCGGCCGUGAGUGAUCAGAAGGUUGUCGUCGAGGGGAUGGAAAGCCGCCCCCGUUAGAUCCUCCUGCAUCGUCUGCAAGGGAUUAAAAUUCACGUUUGUAUCAACGUCGUCAUUCGCAUCGAAUCGAUCGUUAAAAAUAAAAAAAGCUUACCGCCACUUUACCCAACAAAUGGCCCCAUUGCCACUGCCAGACAGAGAGUAUCGCCUCCCUACCAGCGUCGACCGCCAACACGUAACUACCGCCGUUCUGUGAAACGCGGAUGUGAAUUAUAUUUCUUCCUAAAGUGAUCAUCAUCGUUGAAAAUCUUUCUUAUUUAGUGCGAGACAAAUUAUUUUUUUACCAGCUGCGAGAACGCCAAUGCGGAGACGCCCAUCUGGAACUCGGUCAUUCCGAAUACGUACAGAGUGAGCAAUGUCUCUGUCGACCAUAUGCGGACGUGUGGUUGCGCUUUUCUGUGCCUGCCGGCUUUUUGCCCGGACGCGACGAGUUCUCUGCUCGGAUGAACCUGUUUCGUAUAACAUCGAACGAACAAACAAACAAUGCGUUUGUUAAAUCUUCUCUUAAUUGAGAUUCCUUCUAAUUGUAAUCCCUCUCGAUGCGAUAACAUAUACCUCCAUGCACGUAAUAUCCUCCGUGUGGCCUACGUAGUGCCGUUGUGCAUUUUCCUCUCUGUCGAAGAGAACAGCCACGGCAGCGACGUAGUACAAUAGUUCGCCGCUAGGGAGUACCCAGAGGUUUCGCCGGGUAUCGGUGCCCCGAUAACCGUAAACCCACUCGAGCUGCAACUUCUUUUCGGGAGGAGAAUUGUCUACGGGCGGCAGAUGGGAAGGUGGAUAGAACGAUCUUCUCAAUCCUCGGAUGGUCACUCUUGCUGGCUCGUCCCUCAACACUUCGACCACGCUGUAAUCUGUUAUUAUAGGCUGUUGCAAGAUUACGACUAUGUAUGUAACUAUUAACUAGAUCUAGGGAUUUUAGGGCUUAAAAAUGUAUAUUUCUAUUCGCUUUCACUGCGACGUUUAUAUUUUAUUGUUUUCUAGAUGUUGUAUAUUCUACUUCUACGAAAAUAAUCCGUCAAUUUGGCGGGUCGUGUCACAGUCCAAGAAAAUGACGAUUGUUUAGGAAUAAAUACGUAAUCGAACAGUGUUCGUAAUUGUGAUAACAAAUAAUCAAUUGAACGGUGAAUUUUGCAGAGGAAAGAAGUGAUUUUUGUAAGCGAAUCUGUCUUUAUUAUUUUACAAUAAGAAAAUUUACGGGAGAGAUAAUUUCAACAGUUUGUAAAAAGAAAAAAGUAAGUGUUAUUUGGAAGCUUAGCAAAAAUUUAUUUUCGUGAAGUGAAGAUUCGAAUUUUUCCAAAAAGAUAAAGUUUUUUUACAUUUAUAUUAUUAUGGAUGCUUCGAAAGACGUGAAAUUGAUAAAAAAGAAUAAUAAAAAGAAUAACCGGCAUAAACGAAGAUUGACCUGGAUCGAAUUCUAAUAUUAACGAAACGUAUUGUUUUAGAUAUUGAAUAGUGAAACAAAAGAUACCGAUACCGAUGAAAAAAAUACUGUGAAAGCAGAAUGACCCCUUAUUUUAUAAUUAUUUCUCAGAAUGCUUAGAUUAUUAUACAAAGAAUAACCAAAAUUGUAAUAAAUUGGAAUAAACAAAAUUCGAAAGAAUUUUCUCCUUCGAUUCAGCCGAAUAAUUGAGCAGUGACCAUCAAACACGACGAACAAAAUGCAUCAAAUCUAACAAACAUAUAUGCAUAUGCAACGUAUAUAUAUCCAAGAUAGAAUUUACGUGUGAAAAAUGUAUCGAAGACGAGUAAAUAGAAAAGACGGAUUUCGGUAAAAAAAGAAGUAUAUAGUCAACGUUCGUAAACCUAGUGUUGAUGUAAUUAAGAUAAAAGUAACGGUAAGAUAAAUAUAUAUGUAUGUGUAUAUAUAUAUAUAUAUGGAGAACCGUUUACUCGGACGACGUCUGAAUCAGGGGCGUACAAAGCGCGUGGCCUGCUUUUGCUACGGGCGCGUCUUUGGCGACCGAUGUCCUCGACAACUGUAGAUGGUCCGCGCGAUCUCGACCUCCUCGCCGGGGACGCAGACACACCGCCGACCAUGCUCAUCCCCGACCCGGUACCCAGAUAAAAUGUAUCCACAUCAGCGAAUUCGUUCCUUAACUGGGAGAAACUUCUUACCUGUCGAUACAACAGUUUCGAUUUAUGAAUGAAUAUAUUUUACACGGGCGUUUAGAGGGAGGGACAAGCUUCAUCCAUGACGUGUACAUAUAUAUGUAUAUAUAUAUAUAUAAUAUGUAUAUAUAUAUAUAUAUAUACGAGGAGUGGGUAAAGAAGAAAAUUGGCCGAUUUGAAAUUCAUAUUCGUAUCGACAAAGGUUUUCGCGACCCGGUUACACGGAGCAAUAUUUUUAUAAUCGAAUUAAAGGAAUUAAUUAAUAAUUAUCUUCGCAUACGAAUUUCGUUUCUUUUUUUUCUUUUUUUAUCCAUAGAAAUAUUAUUCCAGAGAAUACAAAUUGUAGACAAAUUGUGGUGGAAAUUUCGAAGAUGGCUUCCCACCGUCGCAUGCAUAUUUAUGGACAAACAUUAUUCAAGCGGAUUUUAUAAGCCGAGCCAAUGUCUUCGAUUUGCAUAAAUUGCUGAUAAACUUUUCGACUCGCCCACGUUUCACGAAACACUGGGCCAAUCGAUCAACCGCCACGGACGUCACACGUCUCUGGCCGACCAAUUUUCAAACAAUUAUCAAUAUUCAUAUUUCACGUAUACGUGCAAAAUUAUUAUUCAUAGCCUCUCACCUCUUGACCCGAAACUGUGAACAUCCUCUUGGCCCCAUUCAUCUUCAAUACUUGUCCAAGGUCUUCCAACACCUCCUCGAACGGUUGCGACGUGCGAAGGUUCAACAAGACUCGACACUGAGGUGUAAAUACCCUUUUUAUACCUGCACGGUAUGGUCGUGGUUGUUAACGAUUCGUAUGACGCGUCCCGAGGAAGGUUUUCCACCGCCAGGAGGUGGUGCCUCGUCGCUGAUGGAAGCUUUCCUUCCGAGGCUCGCCACGGCCGCCGGCCUGCUUUGCCAUCCGCCCGCCCCGCCACCUCUGCUACCCCCCCCGCCUGUCGGGCUCGUGUACCAGGUAGGACCUGAAGCAUGUCGGCCGGCAGCGAUAUAACUUCGAAAGAAUCGCUCAUCAACACGACGAAACUGUCGCAAUCCUCCAACAAGAAUUUAGGGCCGCGGGAUUCGAGGUCAGAAUCGCUGUACGAGUCCGAUUUCUCCUCGAAAGCGGCAAAGUCCGGCUCCAAGUCCGAACGGGACGAGGAACUUGCCGACUCAAUGGUGGACCUGUAUCACUCGCGUGGCCUCGAAAAUCGACGACAGCCGGGACGCGGUUAUCCCUUUUCGUUUCGAUUAAAUUUUAUUAACCUCGCCUCGCGUUGUUUCCUCACUCGUCGCACUUCUUUCUUCUUCUCCCCCGAUUAUUCAGCUCGGGGGAAGGAUCUUUUUGUUUUUUUUUUUAUUCUUCUUGCUUAUUUUACAACAACAAAAUUUCAAUGUUCCUUUAAAAGAUUUUCGAUUGUUCGAUCCUGAUUGCGCGAAUCGGCAAUCUCGAGAGAGAGAGAGAAAAGGAGAUUUCGUGUAGAUUGUAUCGACAAGGGGAUGGCUUGUACGAUACAGUAGCUCGUGUCGGAACGAGAGGACUGUCUCGCGACAAUGCACACCCGGCUGUGUUCGAUGGACAACUGGAGGCGGGGUAUGCGCUGCCCCAUUGGGUUGGAGAACCAGCCCCUGGCUGCAACAUCCCCUACCCCCCCUCCUUUCGAGGAGAGCCAUCGUGUCUCAAGGCCAAACCAGCCAGUGGUAUAGCUCGGCGAAUCGCGCGACACGGAAAGCUGUUUGGUCAAAAGUUUGGAAUUCGAUCAUUUUGAAGGAGGGGAAUUUUUAUACUUUUUUCUUUUUAUCUUCGCGUGUGUGUGUGUGAGAUAUGUAUUAAUUUUCUUAAUGUAGUUUCAGCACGAUUUCGACGCGUUUCUUUCUCACUGUGACAGUAAAUUAAACACUUGGACAAUUUACAAAUUGGAAAUUUAAUCGAAUGAAAGCUUGAUGUAAUCAGGAUAAGAUUGAGAGCAUUUUUAUUUCUCUUCUACGUGGAAUUGGUUCUGCUUGUUCGUGGGUGAUUCCUGAUUGAAAGGCAGCCUGAUCGACCAAUACAACCAGUUCAUCCUCGUGCAGUUGCAAUGCAAUGCCAGGUUUGAUGGGAUUGGUAUGAUAAUGGGAGCAUAGAUUAACACAGGGUGAAGGUCAAACGACAUUCUCAGACUCGCACACUCGAGCAACCCUUCCUGUGUAAUGCACCCCCUCCUCUGUGACGUAAGCUUAACCCUUACAGAAAAGGAGCGAUCGAAGACAAUUCGAGUUGACCGAGACUCUUAAUGGACUCGAGGCACGAGUUUCCAUUAGAAGAUAGAACGUCGAUUUUCUUUUUUUCUUCUGUCUUUUGCGAAGUCCAAGCGAAAUAAUUCGAAUUCGAGAAGUAAUGGAUGCCCGUUGAAUUAAAAUGAAUGAAUUUAGUAAAAAGAAAAUUUAAAAUCUCGAGUAACGAAAUCUUAUUGAUUUGUAACACAUUGAAUAAUUAUUAUUCAUAUCUUCGAACGAGGUUACACGAUUGAAUAAUUAAUCUAAUUUUUCGCCAAUGAAAUUUUUCAUAAAUUUCUCAGGAAAUUAAUUCAAGGAUCCCUUUGUCGUAACCAUCUGAAUAAGCCAGCCUUGUGACUUGCAUCAACGGCAAUGCAAUUCGGUUCAACUUGGCUACCGCAAUCUGAUCAACCGCCUGAAAUCACACCAGUCCCCUUUAAUCAAAAUUAUCACGAGCACGGUAAAUCCCACGAAAACUUUCUAUUAAUAUAAAUCACGAGCUAAAAAUACAAUAGCCACCCACGUCAUAGACGUCAUAGAAUGUAUAAUAAUGCACUGAACGUCUAUUUUUCCAAAUAUUUUCCUUCACGUUUAAAGGAGGACGACAUUUCUUUCUCUAAAAAAAAAUAUGUACAUUCCGAGUGGGGAGCAUCUUGUAUCGAGAAGCGUAAUUGGAGUGGAAAAAGAAGAAAAAGAAGGAAAAGUCCAUUCACGAGAAGAGGAUGUUUUGCGGAGGUUUAUUAUUUAAUUUAUGAGCUUCUCCCUCUAUAUAAAUUACGAUUCGUGGAACUGGUCGCGGCACGUGAUGGUGGUGGUCGUCAUACGAAUAACGUUUUGUUGUGCAAGGCCAAGGUCACGGUGCAACAAUCUUCCGGCUGUUGGAUACGUGAUCGAAUGCGAGGCGCGACAAAAGUACGCGUGGGUGCACCCUCUUGGGUUCACCAUGGGUGCUACAACCCUUAACCUUUUCACGCAUUUACUCGGUCAUGCACCCCCCUUACGUUGAUUCAACAUUGUUGGCGGAACGAUAUCAUUGUAACAUUUUUUUUUCUUUUGCGACUUUUUCCCCAUAAACGUUUCAGAUUUUCUUGCAUUCCUUUUUCUAUCUCUCUUAUAAUUUUUAUUAUCCUUACUUAUACUUUCAUAAUUUCAAUAAUUUUUUUAUCUCGAUCGUGUAGUCUUUUCUUUUUAGGAAGAAUUAAAAUUUUCUUCCUAAUAUAACUUGGAACACCGAUUAUUACAACCGAUUAUUACAGUAGGGUGAAUAUCCUUGUUGAUCGUUUACCUUGAUGAUAAGGGGACUGAGAACUCGUCCAAAGAACUCCAACCCUUAACCUUUUGCGGCAGGUCAUUCGCUAUAAAUUAUCAUCUGUGCACGGAUUCGAGCGAUUUAACACGCAACCGACCUGGUUUAAUUAGAAAGAAAACGGUAAUUAUCAUUUUUGGUACGUUGUUCACUUUUUUUUCCCCGUUGUGGCGUAAAUUUAUCGCGAGAGGAAGAGAAAAAUAUUUGCGGCGCAUAUACAUUAAUCGGCCGGUGAUAAGCUGUUCGCUGAACCGAUAAGCACAGGUGGUUAUUCGUUGGGUUAAUUCGAUCGGUCCAGUUAACUUUUUUUUUUUCUUUUCUCUCUUUCCUUCCUUAUCAUGCGAUUUUUAAUGCAACUCAACCACUGAUCUUUCGCGUACGAUUUCGCGCUAUUAAGUUUCGUGCAAGAUAGAUGUUGAUAUAGAAAUUAUUUAUUAAAGUGUAUUAAAGUCUUUCGUGGGUUGAGAAUUAAGGAACACGGGAUAUCAUGUUGGAUUUAAAACACGGUGCAUAAUAAAAAUAUAUAUUGCUCGAUCGAUAUGAUAGAAAUCAUCACUUAUCAUCAUUGGAUGUUUUGACGAAUUCGAUUUGUACAAAGGGAGUACUUCAUUCUCGAUGAUUCAAAAAUAAGGAUAAUUUCUUUGAAGAAGAUUAGAAAUCGGACGAUGUCGCUUAUGCAUGCAAGAAGAAGUUGAAAUCCCGCAUAUAUUACAGGAGGUGCGUGACGAGCGAGCGAGUAGAAAGGGGGUGUAAAACACAGGGUAGUUGUCCUGCGAAACGUUCUGCGACAAGUGUAGUAGCCAGUCUGGUUAAAAGGCAACGAAUGCCACACAGACGGGAUGCCGCAGUGAUUUACAUAUCGGGGGUAUAUACACGUAUUCACGUGUGGGGAAAACGUGUGUAGAGUUUGUAGUACGCACAGAGGUGGAGGAAGAGGGAAGAACGGGAGGGAGAGUUUAGAUAGGUUUUCCCUACUCUCUCUCUCUCUCUCUCUCUCUCUAUCUAUGUAUCUAUCUCUCUCUCUCUAUAAUCGAUCCUUACCGAAAUUCAUUUGUUUCGAAUUCAAACCUCAUACAUAUUCAGCGUGACAACUGGCGAUAAAUGAUCGCCGUGGAUUACACGAUGCGAAGCAGGGAAGCACGAAUCUGCGUAUUUUGUGACAGACAGAGAGAGAGAGUUUGAACGAAAAAGAAGGAGAGGAAAGAAAGAAAGAAAGAAAAGUAGGUAACGCUUUUCAAUUCGUUUCGUUCGAUUCCGCGUGGAUAUUUCGAGGGAUAAAUAAUAAUAUUUUUUAACAAUAACAAUAAUAGAAUCGUUAUUACUUUAUAUAUUCGAUCUUUUUACUUUUUUACGGAAUGAUUCUGAUUCGACGACGAAAGAGGGCAGGAGUCUCGAUGGAAAAUUUUACACUACACUAGCGAACUCUAUAGUCUCGGUUUUGGGAUCAGAUCGGAAUGGUCGCGUAAUUAACUUCGAUAACUUCGAGUAAUAUCGCUCACAAAAUCGACGUAAUAAUGUCAAUUAAAGUGGAUUGCCGUCAGUCAUGCAGCUUGAGGUAAGAAGAACGAAAAACAACAAGCAUCUAAAAGAAAAAAAAAAGUUGAAGCGAGAAUAUCGAAAAAAUUUACGAGCUUAAAAGGGAUUUAUCGUCGCAAAUAUUUUCCGUCCACCUUUCUCACUUCCCUUCCUUUCCCCUUCGCCGAGCACGUGCAAUUAAUCUGCAACCAAGCAUGCAAUACGUUGGUCGGCUCAAAAACCGAUAAGAAGAAAAUGGCGAAUAUUUGGUUCACCGAGAUUAUUUAUCGAAUCCUUCCUUCCCCCCUCCCUUCCUGUCAUGCGCUCCUUAAAUUAUUCUCGCGUGAAACGUUGAAAAAAAAAAUAAAAAAAAAAAAAACGUAACGACGACCGCGUUUUAUGUAACAACGAUUUUAAGAAAGGUGUUCUCCAAAGGUAAUUCCGUGAUGUAUGUAGGCCAGAUACGUGCAAGUUUCUGUCUGCCGUUCGAGUUCGUGACAUAUCACGUUGGAGGGUGGCUGACACGAAUUUUAGACCACUCGACAAUUAUUCCUUUCGAGAACGGCUAGCCAACGCUAUAAUAUCGUUUGUUAUGAACUUGGAACGAAAGAACGAAAGAAACGUGUGCACAGUCGGUAAGUGUAACCGGGGGAGAAAGAAAAGAGGGCUCGUUAUCGCGGCGAAGUGAGGCGCGAUAUGAAAAUGAAGAACAAAGUUGGAACGUGCGUGACGGAUCGUCCCCACGUUUAACAUGCCAUAGGUGAUUAAAAAAGAAACAAUCGCUGCGAUCGUUCAGUCGCACGUGAAACACUGUUUCGAAGAAUAAGUAUAUAUUGGUUUUUAUUUUGCCAACUUAUAUAUAACGACCGUGGAAUUAAUCACGGUACAAUCAAUAACAUAAAAAACGGUGUAUAAUUCUAGAUAGAAAUCUUUGUAAUGAUAAGGCAGACUAAUAACGUAAGUUAUAUUUUUUUUUUUAAAAAAAAAAGUUUAAUUGUAAUUUGAGUGUAUUAUUUACUUUUUAUGACCAAACUAAAUAAUUGGGGAGGAAAAUAAAUGAAAGUAAAAGGUUGGAGAAGAAAAACAAAAAAAACGAAUAAACGUUGCGAUGUAGUAUGCAUGCAGAGACUGAGCAACUCGGCGACGGAGACAUCGAUGCCCGAUUGGUCAUUUGUUCCACGUCACUGUCACGUGUCCAAAUGUUUCGAGAUCGAUCAUCAUUCGAUAUAUCGAUGGUAUCGAGUUUCGACAAACGCUUGUCACGCGCACGUGUGUAUCACGUACGUAUUGCUACGGGGCAGUUUGCAGUAGUAAUAAACUGUUACUUCCGACCGCAGUAGUAACGCCGUUGCGAGAGACGGUCAGAACACAAUUGAUUGCAUUAACUCACAACCGGCUAUAAUCGACGCUAUAUCUUCCUCGCCUCUUCCAUUAUCCCGAAACAUUAAUUUUUCAUCGUGCUAUGCAUACCUCCUUACGUGUGCCGUUAUUAUUCCGUCACAAUUCCGUGUGCAAUCGUAAAUUAUUUAAAUCGUAACGUCAUCGCUCGCGCCGUUCAAAUAUUUACAUUGUUACGUUUUGCAGGAAAAAUGGUGAGCGAAAUUUUGUCCGCUGUCAAGAAUCGAAAGAACGGAACGGUGGAGAACGCAGUUUGUGAAUUGUCCGUGUGAGAACCUGUUUAUCGAUCCCUUGCGGGGCUGACCAACGGUCAAUGAGAUACGGUCUCUCUCUCUCCCUUGCCACCUGCCCUACGACUCGAGAGCCCUGCAUCGGUCUCCUUAACGGAAAUACGAACCUAUUCUCCCUCCCCACCAUUAACCCUCACGCUACAUCGUGAUUCAUGCGUCUUCAAAGAAAUUACAUAUACAUGUUUCGAAGAAUUAAAAAAGAGUAAGGAUAGAAAAUUGUAUACACAUACACAGAAGGGGAACAAAUUAUCAAACUUAUCCAACCCAUUUUUUCCAUCUAACUCCUAAGAUCGGAUAAGAUGAGAUACAAUCGUUGAGAAGGUAUGGAUAAUAAUUCGGAGGAGGAAGAUGCGAGUAUGCAGAGGACGCGUGGAAAGCACGACGAUAAUGAGACGUUAAGCAAGAUAUAAUGGGAUAUAGGCGUAUCAUUUGGGCCGUGAGCGAGAAAGAGAGAGCACCGGUGCGCAAGCGCAAACCGCCAAUUGGCCAGCCCUCUUUUCACCCCUCUUCCUGGCCAAUCCCGUAGCGACACUUGCCCCCACUUUUCGCUCCACCGAUACGCUCCCAUCCCUACCACGAAAUUCGCGGAUUCACUUACACGAGACGUCGAUCUUCCGUGCCACGUGGCUUUGGUAAACAAUAGUCGAAUUACACUGUUGGACAAGCAGAAAAUUCGAUUCGAUAUAUAUAUAUAUAUAUUAAUGAUAAUUAAGUAAUAAUUAAUUCGUCUUAAUCUUAAUCAUCGUCGUCAAAUAAAUCGAUCAUUUCUUGAGAUACGACGGGUCAAGGUAAAUCUUAUCAUUCUGUGUAUCAGAUAUUAUUGGUGGCGAGAAUAUAAUAGGAUAUGGGUCAUGGGUGUGUGAUUCUGGAUCGGCAUGCAAAUAAGAUUAUAUAUAUAUAUAUAUAUAUAUAUAAAAGCUUUGACCACUUUGCCGGAUUAAGGGUUGACCUGACACGAGACUACGAUCGAAAUAACGGGAUCGUACACAUCUGAUAUACGUAAGGCUGGUCACACCUUAAAACCUGGAAAUCAGAUUGGGGCGUGGGCCACCCUUCGGUACGGCACAUCAUGACGCAACGAUAAACGAUAUCCAAUUCUUCUUAUCGGCACCUUCAUAAAAAUAAUGAAACACGCUCCACCGCGGCCUGAAAGGUUUUCCCGUUAAUUGGAUCACCCCUCCCCCCCCCUCUCCCAAUCCACUCCUUUCGACGAUCCCUUUUUUUUUUUUGAAAUAAGCGCAUAUAAGCAAGACACGUGAAUUGAUGUUUCGUAAGGUAGAUUGAUGUUGCGUGCGGCCUGCUUAAACAUCUGAUCUGGGCCAGAUACAAAAAAGAUUGUCAAGAACAAUACACGCAGUUUUCUUAUAAAUAAAUCGACUUUAAUCAGCGACUUAACCCCUUUACAGACUCCUUAUAAAUUGAUAUUAUAUUCAUACCAAUGUACGCGCAAUUAAUUGUACGCACACGCGCCAACAAUACUCAUUUGUGGAAGUGAGCGUUUGUGCAAGUCGACUUUCUCACAGGUUGUUGUAGCUCAUGAAUAUUAAGUGGUACGUGUGUGCGCGCGUGUGUGUGUAUACAAUCUCUCGGGUUCGUUUUAAUUAUACACGAGCGACGACCACUCCCAGGAGAGAUUCGAUCUACACACGCACACACGCGAUCCCGAACGUGUCUUAAGGGACCUUAUUUCUUCUUCGUGCAAUGUAUCAGAUCGAACGACCCACUUUUCCGCCAGGCUGGAUACGACGUACGAGGCGCCGUCUUCGAGCUCGUCCAGGGUGAGCUUCCUGUCGCCGUCCAUCGAGAAGAUGUGUCGCGCCCCUCUGGGGAGAUCCAUCCGCAAGGACAGCCUAUCCAACAACGCCUCCAAGGAGCCGAUGUCCCUUCCCGGUUUGAACCUUGGAUCUCAUUCAUAGGCCAAAAUCAAGGUCGAUCCACGAAAGGAGGGUGGAGAGUCCGCCACCUGCACCUGCAAGGGUGGAUACUCGCCUGGGAGGGUGAGGGAAAGAGGGAUCGAGAAUGGGGGGAUUAUAUUGCAUCGUCGUAAGAGGUCUUUACAAGUAGGAUGGAUAUCUGAUCCGAAUCUCGUUGCGAUAAUCAGACUCUCUCUCACCUGGCACCGAGUAGCUGGUGGUGGUUGCGCCGGCUCCACCAGCCUCGUUGCCGCUGCCCACGCUUCCGUCGCUCGCUGCCUCCUCGACUUGCUGCCCCAGGCUGGAGCCGGCACGCAAACUCGACUGAUUUUCAACGGCGAUCAUCGGCGCAAGGCCGCCACUUUCUGCCUCCUCUCUCUCUCUCUUGCUUGCUUUUCACCGAACGAUCCUGUGGAAGAAAAAAAGAAACAUUUUUCUUUCAUCCGGAUGUAAUUCCUUUUGAAGAAGGAUGCGCUUUCAAAUUAAUGCAAUCCAUUAACACAAGUUGUUGUCUCACAUCGGUUAAUUAUAAAUCUUUUGAAUGAUACGAAACGUUACUUUCGCGUACAACGAGCCAUUAGGAGCUUGCUCCUUAUUUUUCCAUCCGCAAGACACAUCCAGCAGCCAAGAAAGAAAAAAAAUAUAUAUAUGUAAUAUAUAUAUGUAUGUAUAUAUAUAUAUAUAUACAUGCAGGCUUAAAAGUCCACGUGUCGCGUGAUUUGCUGGGGGGAUUCCCGAUCGAUCUCUCCUGCUUUGCGAUGCACUUUUUAUUUCGUAGCUACAGUUCACUGCGGAUCAAUCGAUCGCCCCCCUCCUCCCCCUUCAUCAAAGGGAGCCUUCGAAAUCAAAUUUCAAGUACACGCGCGAGAGAGAAGGAAGAGGAGAUCUCCCCUUUAACGAUUCGGUAUCGACAACCUUCACAAGUUUUAAGAUUAACGCCACGUAAUUACGUUGCGUAACAGCUCCUCGAGGGGUCGAGGAGUCACGAACUUUGCACAACAACUCCGCCGGGAAUCGGGAUGCACAAGAAUCGAAGAAUGGAUCACUCGUUUCCCUUCCUCCCCCGCCCCUCCCUCCCUCCCCCCGUUGAAUAUAAUUCCAAGCGCGAGCACGAAAAAUCUUUGUUACACACUUAAUUCUUAAUUUUCGACAACAAUCUGUUUCGAAUUUCAACUCGAUGCACUCGAUGAAAAAGAUUCCACAGGAUGGGUUCCCCUCCCUCUACGACCCUCUUCCAUUCAUCUCCUCCAGAAGACAGUUCAGAAGUUCAACACCGUCAACAUUUCUUUCUCACUGUGCCUCGAUGAACGCGAAAAGAUCGUAGGAAGAAGGAGAUCGCAAUCACGAAGAGGAGGAAUUGGCGAGAUGAGAAAAGAAAAAUGUAUGAGAAGAGGGAUGGAAGAAGAAGAGAAGAGAAGACGAAAAGGGGAGGAGUGUCAACAACGAUUUGAGGAGGGUCCAUCGACAGGUCUCAUUCGGGCGCGAGAUAAGAGGAGCGGAUAGCAGCCGCGUAGGUAUACAUAUUCAUGCGUCCUUCGACGAUGGCGUCCCGACGUCGAGUGUGUGUCGUUCCGAGGGACAGCCACGAACCACGCUACCCCGGCGCCGCAGUCGUCGUCCACGUCGUCGUUCCUCCUGCCGGCCGACGUUCGCCGGCAUCGACGCCCCGUGUCAAUGAACCGACGCCGGCCAAACGAACACCGAACUUGUUGCACCACGGAUCUAACCGCAAGCCUCGUCUUCCGUUCGAAUCUCUUCCUUCGUCAACAUUCCCUCGAUCGAUGGAAACACAACUGGAUAAAGAACGAAGCGAGGAAUUUAUUGUACAUCGAAUCUCGAGACCGAACGAAAUUAUAAUAUAAUUAUAGGCGAAUAAUAAUAUUGUACGACGGCAUUGUACGAUCAAAAUUUAACAGAGUUUUAUAUAUAUAUAUAUAUGUGUAUAGAAUUUAGAGUUGAAGUUGUACAUCAAUAGGAAGAGAGGGAUUUAUGAUCGACUUGGUUUUUAUAAAAAUGAAUAUUGCGACAGACUUUGGAAAAUCAUGAAGGAAAGAAUCUAUGUAAUAAGGGAUAUGAGGAUUUUGCGUGCAGAAGAUUGCAAUUUCUAAGAAGGAACGUAAAUGUUUCAUAUUUAAAAAUUUCGCGCAGAAGCGUCAUACAUUUGCAUACGUCAGUUUGGUACACGGUAAUUUAGACAUUUAAUGAAUGUUGAACAAUCUCAACUGGAAAUAUUCAAGUUGUAGAUCGGGUUUUUCUUUAAACGUGUGUUCGACCAAAUGGAACUUUGAUAAUUAAAUUCCCUGAUGCGAAAAUACGUUGAAUGCGAAAUAUUUUUUUUUUUUUUUUGAAUAUCGUAAAUAAGGAAAUAGGACGACAACGUUACUCGCGAUGUGCAAUUAAAGUUUUAAGGAAAAGAAAUUAAAAUUCAACGUGCUCUAUUUUUCUUCCAUGUUCGAUAUCUUUCUUUGAUCAAUCCCUCGACAGUUUACAUUUCGUGGAGCAAGAAAUACCGGACUUAUCGGACGGUGACUAGGAUGAUUAGCUGCAUGAAGCUUAAGAAUUGCAAAAUGCACGAUACGAAUACAAGAUAUGAUAUUAUUAGCGUCGAAUAUCGUUUGAUCGAUUUUUUUCUUCGCGUAAAAAUUUGCAAACAUUUUGUGAAAUUUAAAAAAAAUCAAAUGUAUCAUCGUAAUAAAUUGCAUUUGUUCGAUA